AUGGCACAUUCAGCUGAAGACAAACUCACAGCAAUGGAUGUGGAGAGGAUUAUCGAGUGUAUAAGAGAGGGCGAUCAGAAAGCACUGAAGGCAGAACUACAGCAAUUUAAUCGAGAGUACGCACAGUGUUUUUUCUACGAUUUGGAGGAGAGGGAGAGAAAAAAGAGGCAGGAGCUGGAAGAGUUCCGAAAGAAUAAAGUGCGUGAUUAUGUGUCGGACUCAGAUUCAGACUACGAUGAGUCCAGUAACCCAGAUGUUCUUUUAAGACAGGCUUUGGCCACAGUUUUGAUCAGGUUCCUCCAGUCUGAACCGCAAGGCCGCGUACUGAAAGCAUGUCUGAGAUCCUUACGGAUUCUCUCCAGGGACAAGAAGGUUUUGGGGCCGCUGGUCACAGACAGAGCUCUUCUGACUCUAGCACACCUUGGUGGCAUCAGCAACGCCCCUGUCCCGAAAGAGGACACAGAUGGUGACGGAGACCCCUACGGUGAUGUCAUGGCAGCCAUUUCUGAGCUCAAACUUGGCAGAGCAGAGGAGCCCGAUUAUGAGGAAGAUGACGGUUUUGGGGCAGUAAGCAGUGAAUCCAAUGAGCUGGCGGUUUGGGGGCCCGGAGACUGGUGCGGAGAGAGAAAGGCCAGCACCUUCUCAAACAUGAGCCUCGGGCCGCCGCGCAGGAGGAGCAGCGUUUUUAAAGCUCUGAUGCCUGGGAAACGAGACAGCAGAGGAAGUCUUGGAGGAGCCGAGGAGGAGGAGGAAAAAGAUGAAGAGGAAGUCCACAGGAAGGAAGUGAUGAAAAUCUUCUGUAACAUUGUUUACAAUAGUGCUUGGGCACAAGAGAGAGCCAGCGAACUCAGUCUCCUCUGUGGUCUGACAGAGAAGCUCAGUAAGGAGUUUCAGUCGGCUUCUUCCACCGCUGGCCAGUUUUACACGCUGCGCUUCAUGUUUUUACUGACAGCGCUAAGACCUGAGCUCAGAGCACAGCUCAAACAAGAGGGCGGACUGCCAUUGUUGACAACCGUGCUGGAGCGCUGUUUAUCAGUGCAGUGGAGGAGUCAGUAUGAGGUGCAUAUGGACUCCACAGCGCCUCCUAUACGUGUGGAGGAAUCACAGCAGGCGCAGGAGGCUCUGAAGAUCCUCUUUAACAUCACACACAGCACUCACACGCAAGAGCCCGAAGAGGAUGAUGCGGCUCUCUAUCGCCACCUGGCAGCGGUUUUACGUUACUGCCUGAUGGUUUCCUGUGAGGAGGAGGAAGCUGCAGAUGAGUUGAAGGGGCAUGCAGCAAACACCCUGUCCGCUCUCCCGUUGAGCUGUCUAGAUGUUCUGGUGUGUGUCCCUCUGGGUCCAGACUCACACCAGAUCAAUGGAGCCAACAUGGACUGUGUGCACAAUCUGCUCACAUACAUGGAGAGAAAGCUGGAGCAGGGUGAGAAGGUGAAGGAGAGACUGACCCCUGUGCUGAACCUGCUGGCCGAAUGCUCCAGAGCUCACAGAGACACCAGACUCUACCUUAGACAACAGAUUUUGCCUCCGCUAAGAGACGCCAGCACUAAACCUGAGGAGGGAAGCACCAUGAGGAAUCGUCUGGUCAGACUGAUGACCCAUCUGGACACGGAGCUCAAACACUGCGCUGCUGAUCUGCUCUUUGUGCUGUGCAAAGAGAACGUGAGGCGUUUCGUCAAGUAUACUGGAUAUGGAAAUGCCGCCGGGCUUCUGGCCACUAGAGGUCUGCUCGGAGGGCAAAGGUCAUCAGCCUCUUCUUCAGGCACACGUUACUCCAGUGAUUCAGACUCGGACACAGAGGAGUACCGGCAGAUUAAAGACAAGGUGAACCCGGUGACGGGACAGGUGGAGGAGGAGCAGCACAACCCCAUGGAGGGAAUGACGGAGGAGGAGAAAGAGGAGGAGGCACACCGGCUCAUCAGCCUCUUCAGCAAACUCUCAAAGGAUAAUGUGAUUCAGCCGAUGGGACUGAAUAAAGAGGGUCUGCUGGUGCCACUGUCUGAGCUCAGAGAUCUGUCCAUGGAGGAGAAGGAAUCAGAGGAGGAUCCGGACGACCUGGAGAACGUGGAGUAGAUGAAGCUGACAGAACUGACUGGAUCAAAACA